CCUUGGGCCGCGUAUCGGGCUGAGUCCGGCCUCUUCGCAUCGUGAUCUUUUUACCCUAGUCUCCGAAGCGUCCCGAGAUCCCACCCAGGCCUGACUCUCCAAUCCGGAGUACGCUUAGGAUUGGGGCUGCGAGUGAGCCCCGACAUUUGAUUUUGAAGGAGUAUUUAGUCUACCAGAGAUCCAUCCCCUGGGCCCUGGCAAUUGCGGCACAUCCGUGGCUUUCUGGACGUUCGCCCGUAGUUUUACCUCACAUUCCCUGGUCUUAGUUUAUAGCCUCACCUAUGUAGGCCUGGUGUGGAAGAGGAUAACUGAAUCGGAAUCUACCUUCUUAAUGAAUCGGACAAAGGGUGAUGAGGAGGAGUAUUGGAACAGUUCCAAGUUUAAGGCUUUCACCUUUGAUGACGAAGAUGAUGAGCUCUCACAGUUAAAGGAGUCCAAGCGAGCAGUAAAUAGCCUUCGAGAUUUUGUGGAUGACGAUGAUGACGACGACCUAGAGAGAGUCAGCUGGAGUGGGGAACCUGUGGGAAGUAUCUCAUGGUCCAUCAAAGAGACUGCUGGUAAUAGUGGGUCAAACAGUGAACAGCUAAAGAGCCGAAACAGCUUCUCCUCCUAUGCACAACUACCCAAACCCGCUUCUACUUACUCCCUGAGCAGCUUUUUUAGAGGGAGAACUAGACCUGGAAGUUUCCAGUCCCUUUCUGAUGCGCUGUCGGACACGCCUGCGAAAAGCUAUGCUCCAGAAUUGAGGAGACCCAAGGGGGAAUAUAGGGAUUACAGCAAUGACUGGAGUCCCAGUGACACAGUGCGACGCCUUCGAAAGGGCAAGGUCUGCUCCUUAGAAAGAUUCCGCUCCUUACAGGAUAAGCUACAACUCUUAGAAGAAGCAGUAAGCAUGCAUGAUGGAAACGUCAUUACUGCAGUUCUGAUCUUCUUGAAAAGGACACUGAGUAAAGAGAUCCUCUUCCGAGAGCUGGAGGUGCGGCAGGUCGCCCUGAGACAUCUCAUUCACUACCUUAAGGAAAUUGGGGAUCAAAAACUGCUUUUAGACCUCUUCAGGUUUCUAGAUAGAACGGAAGAGCUUGCGCUGUCCCAUUAUCGAGAACACUUGAACAUACAGGACCCUGAGAAACGAAAAGAAUUUCUUAAGACCUGCAUUGGUUUGCCAUUUUCAGCAGAAGAUUCUGCACACAUACAAGACCAUUAUACACUCCUGGAACGUCAGAUCAUUAUUGAGGCAAAUGAUCGACACCUGGAAUCAGCGGGCCAGACCGAGAUCUUCCGGAAGCACCCUCGGAAAGCUUCCAUACUCAACAUGCCACUAGUGACGACGCUUUUCUACUCCUGCUUCUACCACUACAUGGAGGCCGAGGGGACAUUCAGCAGUCCGGUCAAUCUGAAGAAGACAUUUAAGAUCCCAGAUAAACAGUAUGUGCUGACAGCUCUGGCUGCUCGUGCCAAGCUUCGAGCCUGGCAUGAUGUCGAUGCCCUCUUUACCACAAAGAACUGGCUGGGCUACACCAAGAAGAGAGCACCCAUCGGUUUCCAUCGGGUUGUGGAAAUUUUACACAAGAACAGUGCUCCUGUCCAGAUAUUACAAGAGUAUGUCAAUCUGGUGGAAGAUGUGGACACAAAGUUGAACUUAGCUACCAAGUUCAAGUGCCAUGAUGUUGUCAUUGAUACUUGCCGAGACCUGAAGGAUCGUCAGCAGUUGCUAGCAUACAGGAGUAAGGUGGAUAAAGGGUCUGCAGAGGAGGAGAAAAUUGAUGCCAUUCUCAGCAGCUCGCAAAUUCGAUGGAAGAAUUAGUGGCAUUAGCUACCCUGAAACCUGCCUCAUUUCCUUCUUUCCUGCCUGUGAAAGUAGAGAGAGCACUCUUCUUUGGGAGAGUUACAGAAUCAUAUUGCUUGGGCCCAUCAUCUACAGGCAGCACCAGCUACUACUGGGACAGAAAUCAGCGCCUUGACACAGACAGCUUCCAAUUGAUCUUCUGUCCAAGAGCCAUCAUCUAAGGGCCAAGAUCUAAGUCUUUGGCUCAUGAGAAAGAUUCUCUCCACCUGGUGCUCACAUGAAGGUGGGAGUCAUUUCUAGAUUGGACCCACAUUGGGCAAGAUCUCUUUUGGUCUAAGGAAAGCGACUGCUCUGGAAAAGAAGUCUCCUAGACUAAGAGGGGCAGGCAGGUGUCAUAGGGUGGCUACUCCAUUCUGCUCAGCUAAUUACGACCCUGGACUUGAUGCUGGACAUUGCAGUUCUGCUGUGAAGGAAGUCAGAACAGAGCCCAAAUGGCUCUCUCCCAGGGGCCUCAGGAAGGGGUGCCAUUGUUGCCAGGACCUGCUGGAAAUGCCCUCACACCAGACUGCACAGAGAUGGCCUAGAUAUUGUGUUUCUUCAGCCAGUAUCCCUCUGCUGCCCCGGUCUACUGUCAGUCUAAAACCUUGUGGUUCUCUCAUCUGCAGACUGAGAUGACCUUCUGUGGGUGAUGAGAACAUCCCCAUUAUCUUUUCCUCUCCUUCCCCCACCCCAGACCCACAACCUCAUAUGGAGCUUGGAUUCAGCAAUGCUGGAGAGCUCUCUUUGUACACAAAUCUCAUUUCACUAGCAAUUCCAGAAGUUUCACCAGGGCUAAACUCAGCAGCAUUUCUGACUGUUAGGAUAUUAACAUGGUUUUAGUUUCACACCUGGCUUUCAAGAGGAUAUUAUGUAAUGCUAGAUUCCUGCACUGUACCAAUAUUAGCCUCUCUUCUCUGUGACUGAACUGGGUUUUUCCAGACAUGCGUAGACUCCCAAUAAAGCUGUUUCUUCCUUGGUGC